CACCUGCCCACCGUCACCGUGCCCAGGGCCACCCAUCAUCACUGCGCCCAUCGUCACCGUGCCCAUCACCGCCGUGCCAGUGCCCCCGUGCCCAACACCACCCUGCGCAGUCCCGCUGUGCCCAUUGCCACCCUGCCCGUUACCACUGUGCCCAUCACCACCGUGCCGGUGCGCCCGUGCCCAUUACCACCCUGCUCAGUCCCAUGGUGCCCAUUGUCACCCUGCCCAUUACCACCAUGCCCAUCACCACCGUGCCAUUGCCCUUAUGCCCAUCACCACCGUGCCAAGUCCCACCAUACCCACUGCCACUGCACCCAUCACCACUGCACCCAUCGCCACUGUGCCCAUCACCACCAUGUGUAUCGCCACCAUGCAUAUCGCCACUGUGCCCAAUGCCACUGUACCCAUCGCCGCCGUGCCCAUCACCGCUGUGCCCAUCACCCCUGCUCACUGCCCAGCCUGGUGCAGCUGAUGACAACGCCACCAUGGCCAGGACUUGAUGCCCAAGCCAGCCUUGCCAAGGACCUGGAGGUGCCAUCCCUGCACCCUCUUCCCAAGCACCACAUCAGGGCCCAGGCAGGGGCAGGUUGUGGCCUCGGCCCCUCAGGGACAGCUCAGUGUGGACUGGGGCACAGGCAUCUUCCCUGACUCCUGCUCCCUUCAGCCCUGCGGGUGGUGGUCUCUGGGGAUGGGGAGAGGACAAAGUGAGGGGGGGGCAAGGAUGAGGAUACAGAAGGUGCUGGAGCGAUGGCAGGUGACCCGGCACAUCUGGCUCAGCAUCCUGUAACCUUUUGCUUUUAACAACAGCCUCGAUGACAUUUAGUUCCACCCCUGAAUUUUAUGGGGCAGAUGCAGAUUGUUCCUGGGCUUGUUUUACACCCCUGCUCCCGCGUUACCCCCAGCUGGUGUCCUCCUUGCAUCCCCAUCCAAGGUGUCUGGGGGACCUGCAGUAGCCGAGUGGGGAGGGGGCACACGCUGAGCCGCCCCCCAACCCGAGCCAGCCCCUCUGGUCUUUGUUCAAAUGCGCACUCGGGUUCACCUUCGUGGCGAGGAUGCUGCCAGGACACGUGCCCUGCUGUGGGCAGCACUUCCCUGCCAGAAAAAUCAGUUAGGGGACCGAGCAUGGGCGAGGGGGCAAGGGGAACACCUCCCUAGGGACCCUCGCCAGCAAAAUAUUCAGCUGGCUGUGCCAGCGCUGGGCUCGUGGGACGUUGUCCAGCUGCGGAUGCUCGCAGGGGAGCACACGUGGAUGUGACCCCACCACUCCAGGCAUCCCUUGAGGGGUUUGGGGCUGAGGGACCCCCACCGUGCAGCAGGCGGGGGGGCUCUCCUGGCAGUGCUGCUGCCGCCAGGCGGGGGGAGGCUACGGCCCUGCCAGCCGUUAGCGCAGAUUAAUAAGCAAAUCCCAUGGAUUUGUGGGGUUUUCGGCCCAGCAGCGCUGGUGGAGGGAGCGCAGCCCCGCGUGCGGCAGGGAGGAGGGUGACGGCUGUGCACAGCCGCGCCGCAGGAGCUGCUGGGCGCCGCAGUGGUGCUAAUCACGGCAUGGGAACGCAGGCCAUCGAUUGCGGUGCAAACGCCGCUGCACCCCAGCAAGAGACGUUCCCUCCGGAACUGCCUCCCGCGCCUCUCCUUUGAGCUGCCAUCCAAAUCCCUGGCCGCCCUCCCCACUGUGGCAGGGAUGCUCCCACCCGGCUAUCACCAAUCCCACUUCAGAGCGUCUCGUGGGGCGAGGGGUGCUGCCUGCCUGGAGGGUUUAAGUGGGGACCUCUGGGAUGGUUUUAGAGCUCUGGGGGAGCAGUUCUGCCUCCCCAGGCAGUGACAUCCAUCUUACCUUGCUCCCUCUGGGCUCCGUAUUGAAAGAACAGGGUGGCAGCGCGAAGACUGUCACCCACGGGAUUCUUGGCCUUGCCAGGCUCUUGGAGUCUUCCUCCCAUCCAUCCCUCCUCGCUCCCCACCUUUCCUGGCCAGCCAAGGGGCAAUGCAGGAAAGUUUUACCUUGCACAAGGGCUCUUCAGGGUUACAGGUCUCGAGCCAGAGAUGGUGGAGCAUCUUAGUGGUGGGUGCUGGUGGGAUUGAGGGCUGGGGAUGGGUCCUUUGGGCAGCUUGGAAGGUUGGGGUGCCCAAUGGGGCCCCGUGGGCUGGGGCUUUGGGCUGCCUCAGGACUGACAGUGGGUGUUCUCGCUCUCUCUUUCCUUCCUUUUUUCCUGGUGUUGGCCGUCUCAUCACCGUGCUGCCAGGAGGUGGAGGAUGACUACAUCAAGAGCUGGGAGGACAACCAGCCCGGGGAUGAAGCCCUGGACACCACCAAGGACCCCUGCCAGAAGGUGAAGUGCAGCCGGCACAAGGUGUGUGUGGCUCAGGGCUACCAGCGCGCCAUGUGCAUCAGCCGCAAGAAGCUGGAGCACAGGAUCAAGCCGCUGGGUGCCAAGGGGCAUGGGGGUUGCAAACCCUGCCACGCCGCCCCACUCGCUGCCGUCUGUGGCUCCGACGGGCACACCUACAGCUCAGCGUGCAAGCUGGAGCAGCAGGCGUGCCUGGCCAGCAAGCAGCUGACGGUGCGGUGCGAGGGGCAGUGCCCCUGCCCGACCCCACGCAGCCCGGCCAGCGAUGGCAAGCAAGAGCCGUGCACUGGGCAGGACCUGGCCGACCUGGGUGACCGCCUUCGCGACUGGUUCCAGCUCCUGCGGGAGAACGCCAAGCAGAAUGGCUCUGGAGGCCUCCCUGCCAGCCCUGCCACUGCGCUGGAGAGGAGCGUGGCAGCCAGCUGCAAGGAGGCAGUGGGGUGGAUGUUUGCCCGGCUGGACACAAGCGGGGAUCUCUUCCUGGAGGCGGCUGAGCUGGCCGCCAUCAACCUGGAUAAGUACGAGGUGUGCAUCCGCGCCUUCUUCAACUCCUGCGACACCUCCAAGGACGGCCGCGUCUCUGCUCCUGAGUGGUGCUUCUGCUUCUGGAGGGAAAAGCCACCCUGCCUCAAGGAACUGGAGAAGAUUCAGAUCCAAGAAGCAACCAAACAAAAGCCGGGCACCUUCAUCCCCAGCUGUGACGAGGAUGGGUACUACCGGCGGGCACAGUGUGAGCCGGGUGGCGGGGAGUGCUGGUGCGUGGACCAGCACGGCGCUGAGCUGACAGGCACCCGUGGCCACGGCAGCCCCGACUGCGAGGAGGCGACAGGGUUUUCGGGCGACUUUGGGAGUAGCGUGGGCUGGGAGGACGAGGAGGAGAAGGAGCCGGAGGAGGCAGGCGAGGAAGGCGAGGAAGAGGAGGGCGAAGCGGGCGAGGGCGAUGACGGUGGCUACAUCUGGUAGAGGAGCAGGAGAGCCUGGUGGGCGGCACAGCCGGGCAGCAGCCCCCCAGCCAGGGGUCCCCGUGACCCCCCCCGCUGCCGGUGUGGGGUGGGGUGGGUGCAGCUCCCCCUGGCCCCAUGUGGAACGGGGCAUCGGGGUGCUUGCCUGAGGAGGGGGACAGCAGGGCAGGGGGGGCCGCGCUUGUGCAAAUUUGAGCUUUUCUUUUUGUUUUUGGGUAGAGCCUUGUAGGCCUGGUGUGCUGCUGUGUGGUCUUCAACCAGGCAAACGGCACUAAUAAAAGUGGGAAAAAUGAAAAAAAGCAAAAAAACACCCAUAGAUAAGCUGCCCCCCCCCUCCCUACUUUGCAUCCACCCCGUGCUGUGCUUGCGCGGCUGCCCCGGCCCCCGGCGUUGUGUAGCGGCUGUGAAAUAAAUACCCCGUGCUGUGUCAAACGCUCACCCGCCCAUUCCUCCCUCUCUCCAUGCCACGGGGUGCUGGGGGGUCCCGGCUCCUGCCCCCUUGGGUAGGGUGGAUUUGGGAUUAGGCGUUGACCCUGAGUUUGGCCCCUGCACUUGGCGGACACAAGGCUGGAGUUGACCUCUCUCCACAGGUGCUCAGCCCCAAAUAUGGCCCCAACCCUCUCCAGGACCCCAGCCCCAAAAUAAUUCCCUCUCCCCACCCUGCGACGGCCCGAGCCAUAGCAGGACCCAGAACUUCUCCCCUCCCCAUCCCAGACC